AUGGUUGGGACACUGUUGGUUUAUCUGCUGAUCCUGAGGCCUUUGCAAGAAACAGGACCCUUGCGGUAUAUUCCAACUUCCAAGUGUUGGAGAGGGCAACAACCUGGUGGCCAAUACUUUGAUCCUCUUGGCCUUGCUGAUGACCCCGUCGCUUUUGCUGAGCUCAAAGUGAAGGAAAUCAAGAACGGAAGGCUAGCCAUGUUCUCCAUGUUCGGGUUCUUUGUUGAGGCUAUUGUCACUGGAAAAGGCCCUCUGGAGAAUCUGUUGGACCACCUUGAUAAACCUGUUGCUAACAAUGCUUGGGUCUAUGCCACCAAGUUCGAGCCAAGAUCAUAA